CAGCUGCUGCAGCUGAGCUCAGCUUCCUGACUCUUUUCUUUUUUCUUCAGGCUGCGAGAAUCAGAGGGAAGAGAGGAAGUCUGUGAAAGAGAGAGCGAGAGAGAGAGAGAGAGUGGAGGAGGGAGCGAACAAGAGUGAGGGACUCUGAGUGAGUUUAUGUUUGAGUGAGAGACUGCAGAGAGAGAGAGCAAGAGAGAGAGAGAGAGUUCAUGGAAUGCUGUGAUGUCACCAGCUUAGUCAUACACAAAGGCAAGAAAGACAGAAGCACAUUCACUCUUCCAGUCUGAAGACUGCUGUGGAGUAGCCGCACCUCUCUACUACAGCUGAUGGCGGAUGUGGAGUGACAUCUGUGUGUGACAUCUGCGUGGGAGUGUGUGUGAGAGUGUGUGUGUGUGUGUGUGUGUGAGAGAGAGAGAGAGAGUGUGUUUGUGUGUGUGUAUGUGUUCGUGCAAGUGGUGUGGUCACGCCGAAACACCUCAACAGGCACACAUACUGCAGAGAGUCUGUGCAGGUGUUGGUUUGAAUGCAUGUGUGAUUGAGUGAGUGUGUGUGUGUGUGUGUGUGAGUGUGUGUGUGUGUGUGUGUGUGUGUGUGUGUGUGUGUGUAUGUGUGUGUGUGCACUUUAGUACCCAUGUGUGUAGGCGUGCAUGUGUAGUCAGAAACACAUCCAUCGUCUCUACCACUCACUUCAACUAUCAUCUCCUCACUCCACUGCACGUAUCGUCUGGACGUCUCUCUCUCUCGGACAUCUCUCCUGGACGUUACCCCUGCGUUCCUUUACGUUCCCCUAACCCUCCGAGACGCCCUCUCAGUCCGCUGCUACCGCCACCAUGCUGCAGCAGAUCCUGAAGGACAUGUACAUCGAGCCGGAGCUGCUGGAGGCUCUGAGCGAGGAGCAGAAGAAGACGCUCUUCAUCAAGAUGAGGCAGGAGCAGGUGCGGCGCUGGAAGGAGCGCGAGGAGAAGACGGAGGGCGAGGAGGCGCGCCGGCCCAAAGCCAAGACAGGCCAGAGUAAAAACGUAAGCUGGCUCCUUGGUCGUGACGGGGAUGUUCAGGUGUUUGUGAUUGGUGAGGUGGAUGAGCUGAAGUCCUCUAAGCUGAUCUACACUGGGCUGGGGGAACGGAACACGUCAAGUCUGAGCAACAACUCACGGCCUUGCAGUACCCAGGCUGCCACAUUUAAGAGCAACUUGAUCAACAGAACAUCACCAGACUCUGUGCGAUCAGGGAGAGAGAAUCAUCCGCCCAAAACACAAGCUGGAAUACAAUUAAAUCUGAAGGACAACACAGAUGAAAUGAAGACAUCGCCCCCUCUACAGGUUGCAACCAGCGAGCUUAAGCCAUCAACAGACAGCGCCCCUCUUCAAGCGCACGAGUCACAGGAGGACACCGAGUCCGACCGCACUGCCCCGGCGGACGUCCCGGCCUCCCCAGCCUCCCCAGCCUCCCCGGCCUCCUCCCCGACCCCCCCGGCCCCCGCCUACCGGCCGCACCUGCGCUCCGGCUCCACCAAGCCGCUCCUCACCGCCGCCUCCCUGCUGAAGGGCCUGGAUAGGAGCGCCGGCAGCAUGAGGAGCAGAGUCGGGAUGAGCAGCAGUGACAGCGCUAGUGCCCUCCUCACUGGCACAGGCGGCAGCAGCAGCAGUAGUGCCCUCUUCACUGGCACAGGCAGCAGCAGCAGCAGCAGUAGUGCCCCCCUGGUUGGCACAGGCAGCAGCAGCAGCAGCAGUGCCCCCCUGGUUGGCAAAGACGGCAGGAGUGGCAGCAGCAACAUCAGUAGUAGUGCCCCCCUGGUUGGCACAGGCGGCAGCAGCAACAUCAGCAGCAGCAGCAGUCCCCUGGGUGGUGCGGGGAGCAGGAUGCCCCCAGCUGAGACUCAGCAGGAGCCCCAAAGCAGCAGAGGUAAAGACUUCCGGGUGGUGCCAGCAUCUAAGCGUGCUUUGUCUGUAGACGAGUUGGGUGCAUCAGCAUCUGUGGUGGCACCGGCGGCGGCACCUUUGGCCGCUCCUGUUGUGGCCCCGGCGGCGGCAGCUCCAGUGGUGGCGCCAGCAGCGGUGGCGGCGGGCGUGGACGUGUGUGUGGGCCGGGGUCGCGUGGCCCAGCUCAUGAAGACCUUCAGCGUCUCUGGAGAGAACACCCCACCAGUGCGGUCCUCCAAGCCCCCCAUCCCAUCCAAGCCCAACCACCUACGCCUGCAGCAGUCGGCGUCACUCAGGUAGUCGGGUAAGAGAUGGAAGUCCAGGAGCAGCCACCUCCAGAACCAGCCACCUGUUAGGAUCAGACUCACCCAGGAUCAGAGGCCUCUCUGUGGGCAGGCUGAGUGGGCCUGCCUGGGGGAGGCUGGAGGUGGUCAGCAACCUUGUUCUCUCAGGAAUCUCUCCAGUCCUCAGACUGUGCAACUUUGGCUCUCAAAGCUGGCAAAACGCAAUUAUGUUCAGCUUGAAUUGUUGUUGUUAUUGGUUUUUUUUUUUUUUAAAUGAAUACUGUUGUUAUUAGCAUUAUUAUUUUUUUUAUUUACAUUUGGUUUGACUAUGCUGGACAUUUUUUUGUCAGCGGGAAUGAUGUGCCAAAGAAUUGGGGGUUUCCAUAAUGUCACCAUAAUGUUGUUUUUUUUGUUUUACUAUAUAGGCUAGGGAUAUUUGCUGACCGUGUCAUGUCAUAAAACUGCAUGGGUGUAAUCAGUUUGACAAUCGCUAGUUUCCUGGGCUCUCCAUCGGUAUAUGCUAUUUUUGCCUGUGGGUGUAGAUAGUCGAGAGGGAUCGAUGCUCCUGUCCUCUGAGUUCCUCGACAGACAGACACUGGAGCAGAGGUGGAGCGGAUCAGGUGACGAGGGUUCCAGAAACAGCAGCUAUCUGGUGAGAGGGAGGCCAAAAACAGACCCCCAACCAGCUCAUGUUUAGGAGCUAAAAAGCACCAUCCGUUUACUUUGUGUGGGCCAUCCAAAAAAAAAAGUAGAUCAUGAGGUCAUUUGAAAGCAAAGUAUUUUUAGAAGCUGGCGCACGCUGCUGUUAAGCAGACAUGGCAACGGACUCCUCGAAAAAAAAGGUUCUCACCAAAACUAGAACCAGAUUGUGUCAAAAAAAAAGAACCAAUGAAUGUGUCAGGCCUAGAGAAGACAGGCUCCUCUCACAGUGGUCUCUCCCACAAUGGUCUGUCCACCUGUGACCGUUACCUGUCUGAAGCCGUGGCUAUCAUGUCCACAUGUACAUUGCCAGUGUCUGAAAGCUUUGAUUUUUUCACCUGUGUUGUUUACUUUUGUACGUAACGCGCCCAGUGGCACUUUUUUACAUUUGUACUUCUUCAUUAUCCUUAGCAAUUCAGAGGGGAACUCAAAAACAUGACCAUGUUCAGUAUUUUUUGUGUUGUAUAAAUGCACUGUUGGUGUCCUUUUUCAUGAAAUUAUAUCUUACUUGAGCACAUCUGA